AUGGCCGGGGAGCGGGCGGCGCUGCGGGGGGCCGGGCCGGGCCCGGGGGCCUGGUCCCCCGCCGCCUCCUCCUCCGCCUCCUCCUCCUCGUCCUCCUCGUCCUCCUCCUACCGGGCGCUGCGCAGCGCCGUGUCCAGCCUGGCCCGGGUGGACGACUUCCACCGGGCGGAGAAGAUCGGGGCCGGCUUCUUCUCCGAGGUCUACAAGGUGCAGCACCGGCAAUCCGGGCAGAUACUGGUCCUGAAGAUGAACAAGCUGCCCAGUAACCGUGGCAACAUGCUGCGGGAGGUGCAGCUCAUGAAUCAGCUGAGGCACCCCAACAUCCUGCGGUUGAUGGGAGUUUGCGUGCACCAGGGACAGCUGCACGCCCUGACAGAGUAUAUGAACGGGGGCACCCUGGAGCAGCUGCUGGGCUCACCGGAACCCCUGGCCUGGCCGGUGCGGCUUCGCUUGGCCCUAGACAUUGCCCGGGGCCUCCGCUACUUGCACGCCACGGGCGUCUUCCACCGUGACCUCACCUCCAAGAACUGCCUGGUGCGGCGAGAGGAGCAGGGACUCACAGCUGUGGUGGGCGACUUCGGGCUGGCCGAGAAGAUCCCCGUCUACCGGGAGGGGGUGCAGAUGGAGCCGUUGGCCGUGGUGGGCUCCCCGUAUUGGAUGGCGCCCGAGGUGCUGCGGGGGGAGUUGUAUGAUGAAAAGGCGGAUGUCUUUGCCUUUGGGAUCAUCCUGGGUGAGCUCAUCGCCCGAGUCCCCGCUGACCCCGACUACCUGCCUCGAACAGAAGACUUUGGUCUGGACGUUGCCGCCUUCCAAGCCCUGGUAGGGGAGGACUGCCCCCCACCCUUCCUCCUCCUCGCCAUCCACUGCUGCAGCAUGGAGCCCAAGGCCCGGGCCCCUUUCGCUGAGAUCGCCCAGCGCCUGGAGCAGAUCCUGGAGCAGCACCCAGGACCCCCGGGCCGGCCCCAGCUAUCUCCCCGCCGGAUAGGCCCUCUCCUGCCGCCUGGGACGGAGGAGACGCCACCCCUCACGGGGGAGCCGGGGCCCUGGCAGAGUAAGGCACUGCCGUGCCCGAGGCCUCCAGCGUUCAAAGGAAAGUUGACCCCACGCACCGAUCCCGCCACCGCCUCCGCCCAGUGGUUGCUGCCGCCCCCUCCACCACCGGCUCCGGGCCUCCGUCUCUCCCGCAGCCGCUCGGACCUGCUCCCGCCGCCGCCGUCCCCCGCGCCGCCGGCCCGUGGCCGGAGGGACACCCUGCCCCGCGUCAAUCCCUUUUCCCGGCGCGAGGACCUCAGAGGGGGCAAAAUUAAACUCCUGGACACUCCCAGCAAGUCCGUCGUCUCCCUGACGCUCGACCCUCCGCCACUGCCGGCUUCCUGUCCGCCCCCGGUUGCCUCUGGGCCCCCAGGCCCCCUACCCUGGGCCCUCCUGCAGCCCGAGGCCUCCUCCCGCCGUUGCUGCUCCCUGCCCACCUCCCCAAAGCUUCCCCAGCGCCCGGAGCCCGCCCAGACCCCGCCGGGACCUCCGGCCGAGCCCGACGACCAGCCGGGUGGCCCCGAGCCGCCGCCCGGCCCGGAUUCGCCGCGCCCGCCGCCCGCGCUCUCUCGGCCCGGGCUCUCCCCGACUCCGACCGUCGGCAGUUUCAUCAGUACGUGCACCUCCUCGGCCUCCCGGCCCCGGCCUCCCUCGGAGCCGGAGCCCCCGCGGGGGCCGCUCCCGAACAGCAAAGUCCCCGCGGCCGUAGUGAACUCGCCGGCGGCGGGCUGGGGCGGGCAGCCUUGGGGACGGGCCCGGCACAGCCUGCCCCGGGCCUUGGCGCUGGAGCAGACCGAGCUGCCGCCCCCACCCCCGCCGCCCCCCGGGGCCGUCCCUCCCCGGGAGCCGGAGGAGGGGCUGCUCUGCCCCAGCUGCUGCCUUAGCCCCUUCAGCUUCGGUUUCCUGUCGGUGUGCCCACGCCCUGCACCUGCCGUCGCCCGCUACCACAACCUGAACUGUGAGGCCGGCGGCCUCCUCUGCCACCGCAGACAUCACUCCAAGCCCCCCACCCCCAGCCUCCACCUUCCCGGGGCCCGCUCCUAGCGGCGUAGGGGCGGAGGCCGGCCCCGGGCCUCCCGGCCUCCCACGCCGCCCCGCUGGCCAUCGCCCCGGGGCCCGAGCCCGCCCCGGGGCAGGGGGAGGCCGAGCCAGCCACACCCAGAGGGGGUGCGGAAGCCGGAGCUGGCCGCUUCGGGGCCCGAGGCCCGUCCCGUUCCUCUCCCCGCCCUGAGCCGGCCGACCCUCGCGCCCGCCUCCUCCUGCCCUGAGGCGGACGGGCGACCGACGUGCCGAGGGGCGGACGCAGGACUUGGACCCGUGCGGCGUAUUUAAAACGUUUCAAUAAAUCUGCCUGGCUGGCUCCGGGCUGCCCACGA